AUGCCGAUUCAUCUGGAGGAACCCAAAUCUAACGGCAGCAUUCUAUCUAGGAUCUUCUUUCUGUCCUCUUUUUUUCUGCAUGCGACCUACAAUACGACUUUUGCCUUUGAUCGGCCGGUCAAUACCGCUAUCUUGGUCUGCCUCCUCACUGGAGCGGUCUUCUUGGUUUUUGGACGCUUCGUUCCGUCGGCAACGCGACCCUCAUCGCCCAUAUCUAAACGAUCUAGAGUUCCACUUGCCGACCAAUUUGAUCAAUUCGAGCUUGCGUCACCAUCCUCAUCGCGCUCCUCUUCUUCAUUAUCGCCAAUAUUGGCAUUCGAUGAACCGGCGGUGCCCGUUCGGCCCGUAUAUUGGUAUAAGCUUUGUCUUUUGCUUAUCGUAUGCUGUCUGCGAGUGGAAUUGUUUCGCCGAGUGAGCCUCAACAGUGAAUGUGUGCCUGCAGGGUAUUCGUAUGCGAUUCCGCUCAUCCUUUCCGUCUAUGAAUAUUGGCGCUACCGGCGAUUACAGCCAGAAGAAAAAUAUGUCUCUUCUCAACGAUUUCAGAGCGUACCUAUCCAAUUGGCCGAGUCGAUAUAUCGACGAUGCUUCUAUUACUUAACUAAGAGCCAUCUUCGAGGUGUUAUCGCCGCUGCCUUGGUUUCUAUCGGCGGGUAUUCGGCCUCCACUUUUUUGGCUGGGAGUCAAUCGACGUACAUUUGCUCAAUCGUCCAUCACACUGCGUUUUGGAUGCGAAUUAUCGGACUUGGGAGCCUGGUUUGCGAUUCUCUUAUUUUAAUGGGACUUGCGGAGCUAUUUGAGUUUGGUGCCGAAAGAAGUGAAACGCGAAGGCAACGACGAGCGCUCAUGUCUUUAGGAGCUGGUCUUCUUGGCAUUGCGUUUGUUUGGAUGAUAAUAGGACUCUUUGUUGAACAGAGCCGCCCGGAGCAUAGCGGCCAACCCUUCUUGGAUGCAGAGUACACACGCAGUGCUUUUAGCCAAGCCUUGCUGGUUCUUUUAUUUAUUUUAUCAGCUUGGCAGAUGUUGCCAUCGUACGGGAUUUUGGGGAUAUCUAUUCUAGCUGGAUUCGUGUUCAUCUACUUUCCCGCCGCAUCGACUCUACUUUUUCGACAGCUGCCCUUCCCCUUUAUCUCUGUGUAUCAUGCUGUUCUUUCCCUCGCAACAUCUACAGCCGGGGUAGUGAUCUUCCUCUUGGCACGCAUUGUCUCAAAAGAGGAGUUGAAGUCAUUGUAUCGCGCCAAUAUUGCCUUGCAGGUCACGUUUAUUACUCUUUGCAGCAUCGGCCUCAUUUUCGCCUCAAGCAAGCACAAUGUCUCACACACCCACCCAAUUGAACUCCUGAUCCACAAGGCGUCGAUUCAGUUUGAUCGUUUUUCCGAACAAGCUGCCACCAGCAAAUCCCUGCAAGAUGCUGUUUCUGAGUAUCGAACCCGAUAUCACCAGCAUCCACCUCCUGGUUUCGACAAAUGGUACGAGUAUGCCACACAUCGAUCGUCGGUGAUCAUCGAUGAUUUUGAUGAACUUCACAAAAAUCUCCUUCCUUUCCGAUCCGUUCCACCCCAAGAACUGCGCGAAAUGACCAGAAAAUUAGCAAUCAACCCCUUCAAUGACCUUGGUGGCAUUAUCAUUCGCGACGGCAAGCCAAGGGUUCAAGAAGGGAUCAAGCCAACGCAUGCGUGGAUGGUCCAAGGGGCAGCUAAAAUGAUUGAGAAGUUCUCUGAGCAUCUUCCAGACAUGGAUCUUGUAUUCAACCUGAAUGAUGAGCCCCGGGUAGCGGUGCCUUGGGAAAGGAUAUGGCCAUAUAAGCGCAGUUCAAAGGAGAUGGAACAUGAUUUCAAUCCUGAAUCGAGUGUCAUAGACACUUGGUCUGUGACUCGAAAAGAUGGCUGGGGACCCAUUGAGCCAGCCGAUCAAACGAAUGAGACCGUUUUUACCGAUGGCGCUUGGCGAGGUGUUUUUGACCCAUAUGUGAGCGCUCUUUGUCCACCUUCAUCCAAGGCACGCACUCGCCGAGUCUGGAAUCGCCACGAUAUCUGUUUGAGCUGCACGGACCCCCAUAGCAUGGGUCAGUUCCCAAAGAACUUUGAUGCGGCAACGGACAUCUGUCACCAGCCUGAUCUGGCUUUCCUUCAUGGUCUUUUGAUCUCCCCUGCAUCUUUCAAGGUAUCCCAGGACUUAGUGCCGAUUUUCAGCCAAAGCGCACUGAAGGGAUUCAACGACAUUCUAUUCCCCAGUCCCUGGAACUAUAUGGACAAGGUGAAGUAUGAACCGACUCGCGAGAACCCUGAUCCGGACUACGCAGACAAAGACAAUUCGCUUUACUGGAUUGGCGGCACAUCCGAAGGUAUGAGCCGCUUUGGAGAAUGGAAGGGCAUGCCACGACAGCGAUUCGCACAUUUGGUCAACAAUAAUACUGACAACAAAGUGUCUGUACUUCUGGAAACCGGUUCGAAGUCCUACAAGUAUGAAAUCAUGAAUGGAAACGAACCCGCAGAAAUGCUUGGUCUUCGUGCCGAUGUUCAUCUCGCCGACCGGAUCACCCGCUGCGGAGACUGUGAUGAGCAACAAGAAGAACUGGGCCUCAGUGAGAAGGUUGGGUUUCAAGAACAUUGGUCUCAUCGAUUCCUAUUCGACCUUGAUGGAGCCGGUUUCAGCGGUCGAUUCCUGCCUUUCUUGCAGAGCCACAGUGUGCCAUUCAAAACGGGUCUUUUCCGGCAAUGGUUCGACUCCCGUAUCAUCUCGUGGUUCCAUUUCGUGCCCAUUGAUCUCCGGCUACAUGGUUUCUGGAGCACGAUGGCAUUUUUUGCCGGUGUAUCAGGCCCUCUUACUGAUGAUCAAAAUCCCAACGCUGGCUUAGUGAGAAUGAAGGCGCAUGACGAUGAUGGUUGGUGGAUUGGCGAGCAAGGUCGGAAUUGGGCUGGAAUCGCUCUUCGCAAAGAAGACAUGGAGAUUUAUUUCUUCCGUCUCCUACUCGAAUGGGGUCGUUUGACGGACGACCAAAGAGAAGAAUUAGGGUUUAAGCCAUGA